CUUCCGUCCGUGCGUAUUUGACAAGCGCAACACGGAAAUGACGCAGAUGUAAUGCGUUUGUUUUAAGCGGUGCAAGAGGAACGUGUGUAGCGUGCGAGAUUGUUUUGGCCUCUCGUCCUUCACCAUGAUUAUCCCCGUUCGCUGCUUCACCUGUGGGAAGAUUGUUGGGAACAAAUGGGAGGCGUAUUUAGGUCUUCUUCAAGCAGAGUAUACAGAAGGUGAUGCUCUUGACGCUCUGGGUUUGAAGAGAUACUGCUGUCGCAGGAUGCUUCUGGCUCACGUGGAUCUUAUUGAGAAGUUGUUGAAUUAUGCACCUCUGGAGAAGUGAGGAGCUUUAUGUGCAGCUGAAGAUGACAUUUAGCCUCUCCUCAUAUUUUCAAAGACUUGAUCCUAAUGGAAGAGAUACAAGUGUUGGGUUCAACCCAGACAUGGCUGGUUUAUUUGACAAUAUCUGAAGAAAGCUUAUGAUGUUGAAUUUUUUUUUUUUUUAUUAGCAUUUUGUUAAAUAAAGAUUGAAAUGUAUCUGUUGGGUGGUUCAUUACAUUAUUUAAAAUUUCACAAUAUAUUGGAAGAGCAAGUAUAAGCUGGAUACAUUCUUUGCUUCUCUUCACCUUCUUCUACUAGUGGUUUCAAUACAUUAAGGAAAUACAGUGUGGACUUCAUUGACUCUACAAUCUAGUGUAUGUUUUUUUUGUUUUAAAAAAAG